AUGAUGUUUUUCAUCAUCUACGUCUACACGGUGGUCCGCGAUACCAAGGAUACCUUGAUCGUCUCCACUUGUGGGGCCGAAGCCAUCACCUUCCUCAAGGUCUACGGCGUACUGCCGGCCUCCGCCCUCUUCAUGAUCCUUUACGCCAAGGCCUCCAACGUCUUGGGGAAGAAGGCCCUCUUCUAUGCCACUUCGGUCCCUUUUUUCCUCUUUUAUGCUGCCUUCUGCACCCUCAUUUACCCCAAUCGUGCCCAUCUCAUGCCUCACAUCGACGCACAAGCGGGAGGCCUCGGCUUCCUCGUCUCUCUGGUCAAAAACUGGGACUAUUCCCUCUUCUACAUUGUCUCGGAGCUCUUUGGGAGCGUGGGCGUGUCGGUCCUGUUUUGGCAGCUGGCGAACGAGAUCAUCAAGGUGCACGAGGCCAAGCGCUUUUAUCCGCUAUUUGGGCAGCUCGCCAACAUCGCCCCGAUUGCCGCCGGUCAAACAGUAGUGCUCUCGGCCCAUAUGACGGACCCUGCUAGCAAGGAUCCUUUCUUGAAAAGCAUCCAGCUUAUCACCGUCUUUAUCAUGAUAAGUGGAGCGGCAAUCAUGUCUUUGUACCGAGGAAUCACAGGUCUGGUGGAGCGGGAGGACGCGGCGGCCUUGGCCGUUGGGGGAGAAACCUCGGCAAGCACCACCGCGGUGGCGAGCAAGAGGAAGAAGAAGCCCAAGAUGAGCUUGGCAGAGAGCUUCAAGUUCCUGCUCACGAACAAAUACCUUGGAUGCAUGGAUUAUCCACCUUUUAAUUAA